AUGCCGCCCAAGAAGCAGACCGGAGGCUCGAGCUCGAAGGCCAAGGAGGACAAGACCUUCGGAAUGAAAAACAAAAACAAAUCAGCGAAGGUCCAGAGGGAGAUUGCUGCCAUCGAGAAGCAGCAGGCACAAGCGGGCAAGUCGCGCGCACAGCUGGAGAAGGAGAAGGAGAAGGCGCUUCGGGAGAAGGCCAAGGCAGACGAAGAGAAGCGCAAGAAGGAGGAGGCUGCGCUGUUCAAACCCGUACAGACACAGAAGGUUCCGUUUGGCGUCGACCCCAAAACUAUACUCUGCGUAUUCUUUAAGGCUGGGAAUUGCGAGAAGGGAAACAAGUGCAAGUUUAGCCAUGACAUGAACGUUGGGCGGAAGGUUGAGAAGAAGAACUUGUACGAGGAUAGUCGGGAGGAGAAGCUGAAAGAUACCAUGGAUCAGUGGGAUGAGGAGAAGCUGCGUAAAGUGGUAUCAUCAAAGAAUGGAAAUCCAAAAACAACAACCGAUAUUGUGUGCAAGCACUUCAUACAGGCUAUCGAGACGGAAAAGUUUGGAUGGUUUUGGGAGUGUCCAAACGGCGAGUCAUGUCAAUAUAGGCAUGCACUACCGCCAGGAUUUAUGCUCAAGUCCCAGAAGAAGGCUGCGGAGGAGGCUGAGAAAGCCAAUACGAUCAGCCUAGAGGAGUUUUUGGAAGUCGAGGCUCGUCUUGCUUUCUUUAUCCGACACAAAUUGGGAUCUAGUCUGACGCCCGUCACUCCAGAGACAUUUGCCAAGUGGAAGCGGACCAGGAUGGACAAGAAGCAGGCCGAGGAAGAAGCCGUACGAAAGACGAAGGAUGCUCAGCACGCCGCAGGCAAGAACAGCGGAAUGAGCGGAAGGGACUUGUUCGCCUACAAUCCGGAAUGGUUCGAGGACGAGGAAGCGGACGAAGAGGACUGGGAUUUGUCCAACUACAUGAAGCAGCGGGAAGAGGACUUAGCAGCAGAGGAGGAGAUUAAACAACUCAGUCUACAGGAGAAUGGCGUGUCAUCAGGCGGGUCCGAAAGUGGUAGCAGCCAGACAUGA